GAGCUGUGGCUAACUGACCUGUGCUGCGGGGCUCUGUGGCUGCCUGAGGUUGUGUAACCCAGGGGUGGGGGUGCGGCCCUGCAGGAAACCGCCUACAGGCAGUCCCAAAGCGCAGUUAGUUUCUAGUCCCCAGGAGGAGGGUGAGCAGGCUGAAUAAAGGCGGGAUUUCCCCUGGAGUGCUGUUCCAGGGCUGUUUGAGUAGUUGUCCUCCAAGUGACUUUGUGCGUACUGGGAGGUCUCGUUUUCUCUGGCACUCUGAUUCUCGGACACUGAUUUCUCAGCCUCACUGGCCUUCAUCAACAUGGAGGAUUUGACACUGGACUGGCAGGAGCGCAUCUCCGUGGACUACGUGGGAGGCAUGCUUCAGCCCACGCCCACCUGCGAGGCCUGGGACCAGAUCUGCAACUUCCAAGCCAGGCCAGACGACCUGCUCAUCUCCACCUACCCUAAAGCAGGAACAACAUGGACUCAGGAGAUAGUGGAUUUAAUACAGAAUGACGGCAAUGUUGACAAAAGUCAGCGAGCACCCACCCAUAUACGAUUUCCUUUCAUCGAAUGGAUAAUCCCAUCCAUAGGCUCUGGUUUGGAACAAGCUAAUGCAAUGCCUUCUCCACGGACCAUAAAAACACAUCUCCCCAUCCACUUGCUGCCGCCAUCCUUCCUCGAGAAAAACUGUAAGAUAAUCUAUGUAGCAAGGAAUGCCAAGGACAAUAUGGUGUCUUAUUACCAUUUCCAAAGAAUGAACAAAGCACUUCCUGCUCCCGGAACCUGGGAGGAGUACUUUGAAAGUUUUCUGAUGGGGAAAGUGUGCUGGGGUUCCUGGCACGACCAUGUAAAAGGAUGGUGGAAAGCCAAAGACCAGCACCGCAUCCUCUACCUCUUCUAUGAGGAUAUGAAGAAGAACCCAAAGCAUGAAAUCCGAAAGAUGGCAGAAUUUAUUGGAAAGGACCUAGAUGAUAAAGUGCUGGAUAAAAUUGUUCAUCAAACCACAUUUGAUGUUAUGAAGCAGAACCCAAUGGCAAACUACUCAUCAAUUCCUAAUGAAAUUAUGAACCACUCCAUUUCACCAUUCAUGCGUAAAGGUACAAUUGGAGACUGGAAGAAUCACUUCACUGUGGCCCAGAAUGAGAUCUUUGAUGAAGACUACAAGAAGAAAAUGACUGAUUCCAGUCUAGCUUCCCAUUUCCAAUUCGAGUAAACAGAAAAAGAACCAAAGGAGUUUUUCUGGUUUAGUUCUUUACUCAACUUAUUGGGUAGUUAUUAACCAAAAAUUAUUACCCAGACUAAAUGAUAUUAUAUUUGAAUUCUAAAAUUAGAGGUUUAUUGUGUUUUUUUAUCUACUCUCCUAAAGUGUGAAAGAACGAGCAGAGGUUGGAGAGAGGGUGGAGAGUGGGAGAAGAAUGAAACAUGAAGGAAGGGAGUAUUCAAUAAAUUCUAGGAGCAACCAUGA